AUGACUAGUUGUCAAACCAUGAUUCAAUAUGUUAUUGAUGUUGAGAGCAACUGGACGGUUAAAAAAUUUGUUGAAAGUCAUAACCGCCCCUUGACAGAAACUAGGGAUAAAUAUUUUUUGCGUUCCGGUAGAAAGAUAAGCGAGAUAAAUGCAGAUGUGUUGAGGUCCAUGACAGGAUCAGUGAUUAGAGCAACAAAUGCAUUUAACUUCAUUGCUACAGAGGUUAGAGAAGUAGAGAAUAUGAAAUAUAUGAAGCGAGAUGCAUAUAAUUUUAUUCAAGGAGAUAGAAGAGAUAAAAUUGAACAUGAUGAUGCUAAUUCUUUACUACAAUUGUUCAUGGAAAGACAAGCUGAGGAUAACAUGUUCUCUUGGGACUUCCAAACUGACAAGAAUGGCAGAGUAACGAGCUUUUUUUGGAGUGAUGGCAUAUCCAAACUUGAUUAUGACAGUUUUGGAGAUGUCAUAAUUUUUUUAUACAAGCUACAGACAUGA